GCGACACGACGUCAUCACGAUGGCGUGGUUUGACAGUCGCACCGCGCUGAUGUGAGGAAAGUGCUGAUUAUUUGUAAAUACAAAGGAACUUUAAAUAGUGCUUAGUGUCACGGUACAUUAGUUGAUAGUACACGCUAAGUCAUAUGACCGUCGGUUUAUUCAGCGGGCUAACGUUAAUCGUAAGAAGCUAACAAUUCAGUAAUUUAUCGGCUUGAAAUAAAACAGUAUUUCCCAGGAUAUAUCGCCGAUCGGACGACUUCACACAGUCAUGACGGCAGAAGCUGCAGAAAAGUCUGUGGAGGAGGGCCUGAGCUCGUCGGGCAGCGCUGGUUCUUCAGGCACCAGAUUCGACCUGGAUAAAGAGACAGAACUGCGCUUUGAGGUGGAAGCAGGAGAACGAGUCCAGCUGGAGCUGCUGUCUGGCUUAGCUGAGAUAUUCGGAUCUGAGCUGAACCGCAAUAAGAAAUACACUUUCGGGCCUGGCUCUAAGAUCGCUGUGUUUACCUGGCAGGGCUGCGGUGUGGCACUUUCAGGCAAAACAGAGGUGGCUUAUGUCUCCAAAGAUACCCCGAUGCUGCUGUACCUGAACACACAUGCGGCUCUAGAGCAGAUGAGACGGCAGGCAGAGAAAGACAACGAAAGAGGCCCUCGGGUAAUGGUCGUCGGCCCAACCGAUGUUGGAAAGUCAACAGUAUGUCGGAUGCUGCUGAAUUAUGCAGUGCGACUGGGACGCAGACCUACACUGGUGGAGCUGGACGUCGGCCAGAGCAGUGUCUCAGUGCCUGGAACCAUGUCGGCUCUGUGCAUCGAGCGUCCUGCUGAUGUUGAAGAAGGUUUCUCAGUUCAGGCGCCGCUCGUCUUUCAUUUUGGCUCCACCACUCCAGGGACAAACAUCAAACUUUACAACAAGCUGACUUCAAGCCUUGCAGAUGCGUUUUCCCAGCGCUGUGAGGUGAACCGCAGAGCUAGCGUUGGCGGCUGCAUCAUCAACACCUGUGGCUGGGUAAAAGGCUCCGGAUACCAGGCUCUGGUCCACUGCGCUUCAGCCUUCCAGGUGGAUGUGGUUCUCGUCCUGGACCAGGAGCGUUUAUACAACGAGCUGAAACGAGACCUUCCACACUUUGUCCGUGUCGUUUUACUCCCAAAAUCCGGCGGAGUAGUGGAGCGCUCCAAAGACUGCCGGCGAGAAACACGCGACGAAAAGAUCCGCGAAUAUUUCUACGGCUUCCGAGGAACUUCGUUCUACCCUCACGCUUUUGAUGUUCGCUUUUCAGAUGUGCGCAUUUAUAAAAUCGGUGCACCGUCAAUUCCUGACUCUUGUCUUCCUCUGGGGAUGUCGCAAGACGAUACGCAGCUAAAGCUGGUGCCGGUGAGUCCUGGCCGAGAUUUGACCCAUCAUGUGUUGAGUGUGAGUUCGGUGGACGAUGAGGCGGAGGUGGGUCAAAGUCGGGGCAUUUUGGAGAGUCCCGCGUGUGGUUUUAUUGUGGUGACGGCGGUGGACACACAAGCGCAGGUGAUGACGGUGCUUUCGCCAGCUCCCAGACCGCUGCCACGACACACACUGCUCAUCAUGGACAUUCGCUUCAUUGACCUCAAAUAAUAGAGAAGCUUUACUCUGCAAAAAUGGCUUCAUUACUUAGAGCUUUUGUGUAGAGCCAGAUCAGUCUCAAAAA